AUGAAGCUGCAAAAAUCAUCUGAUAAGAAAUAUGUUCCUCUUAAUAGCUAUGAGAUUUUCUUUGCUUCUCUACUUGCAAUUUUUGUGUGUAUUUGUGUUGGACUGAUUGUGCUGUCUUGGUUAUCAGUCCAGGAGUUGGAGCGAGCUGAAGCAGAUGUGAAUACUCAUGGCUAUAUGGGAAUAUUUAAAAUAUCCUCUGGCACAUCUUUCAGUUCAACCUUACUAAACAGUUCAUCAGCUGAUUUCAAAGUCCUUGCCUUUGAUAUCGAAAAAUUGAUACAAAAUAUCUUUCAAGAAAGUGAACUGAAAUACAAAUUUGAGAGAUGUGAAAUUUCCCGGUUCAAGAAAUCUGAAGAUGAGCAUGGCAGAUUGACAUCAGAAACCAGUGUGGUUGUGAUCUUCACCCUUUACUUUACCAAGAUGGUAACAGUUGAGAAAAUAAAAAAUGUGCUGGUUUUGGGUGUCAUUGCAAAUAACCCUAAUCCUACCAAGGCUUUGAAAAUCGAUGUGAACAGCAUACAAAUCACAGCUGAGUGUUUGCCACCUGCUGAACUCUGUGCUGAUGGUGCAACCUGCAUUAGCAAAGAUUUCUUUUGUGAUGGAGUCUUGAACUGCCCAGAUGGUUCAGAUGAAUCUGAAAAAAGAUGUGCUGCAGUUUGUGAUGGAAAAUUCAUGUUGACUGGUUCCUCUGGGUUUUUUCACUCUAUGAAUUAUCCAAAGCCAUAUAAUGAAAACAUUGUUUGCCAAUGGAUAAUAGUAGUGCCUCAAGGGUUGUCCAUUAAACUGAACUUCACUUCUUUUGAAACACAACCAUAUGAAGAUGUGUUGAGUAUUUUUGAAGGAUUAGGACAAAAUAAGAUUUUAAGAGCUUCUCUGUCAGGGACCAAUCUUGAAACAAUUUACAUUUUUUCUCAUGAGGCUACAGCACAAUUUAUGUCUGAUUAUUCAGAGAAUUAUAAUGGCUUCAAUGCAACAUACACUGCAUUUAAUGCGAGUGAACUAAACAAUUAUGAGAAAAUCAAUUGCACUUUUGAAGAUGGCUUUUGUUUCUGGAUACAAGAUUUAGACGAUGAUUCAGACUGGGACAGAGUUCAGGGUCCUACCUUCCCCUUCAUGAGUGGUCCUGAAUUUGAUCAUACAUUUGGCAACUUUUCAGGAUUUUAUAUUUCAACACCCAUUGGACCUGGAUUCAUAGAAGAGCGAGUCAGAAUUCUGAGUUUGCCUUUGGUCCCUUCAGAUACAUAUUGUCUAAGCUUUUGGUAUUUCAUGUUUGGGAUUAAUGUUUACCGUUUAAGAGUUAGCAUAAGUGAUGAGCAUGGUCAGGAAAAGAUAAUUUUCGAGAAAGAAGGAAACUAUGGAAACAACUGGAAUUAUGGACAAGUAACUUUAAAUGAAACAUCUGAUUUUAAGGUUAUUUUUGAUGCCUUUAAAAGGCGUGGUCCCAGUGAUAUUGCCAUGGAUGACAUUGGCCUGACGAAAGGAAAGUGUAAUGAAGAAAACUAUGUAGAGCCAACUGUGAGGCCAACUGCUGCUACCACCCCAUUAGCUCCUACUGACUGUGGAGGGCCGGUUGAACUCUGGGAGCCAAACAGUACAUUCAGCUCUGCAAACUUUCCAAACAAUUACCCUAAUUUAGCUUUUUGUGUGUGGUACUUAAAUGCUGAAAAUGGAAAAAACAUCCAGCUUCAUUUUCAGGUUUUUGAUCUGGAAAGUAUUCAUGAUGUAGUUGAAAUCAGAGAUGGCAGAGGACCAGAUUCCUUACUUUUGGCUGUCUACACAGAGAGAGGCCCACUGCCAGAUGUGUUCUCCACAACAAACCAGAUGACAGUGAUCCUCCAGACAGACAAGUCUGCAACAAGGAAGGGAUUUCUUGCAAACUUUACUACUGGCUACCAUCUAAGGGCUUGUACAGUUGAUGAGCAUCAGUGUGGUAGUGGGAAAUGCAUCCCAUUGCACAACCUGUGUGACAACAUACCUCAGUGUGAAGAUGGCUCUGACGAAGCAAAAUGCAUGAGAUUACUCAAUGGCUCUCUGAUCAUUGAAGGGCUGGUACAGGCCAGGGUUGGGAAGAUGUGGCACCUGGCAUGUGCAGAUGAUUGGAGUGGAGAGAUUGCAGACAGUGUUUGCCAGCUGCUGGGGCUGGGGGAUGCAAAUAUGUCAUCAGCUGUAUUAUUCACUGGAGAUGGUCCAUUUGUCACCAUCACCAAAGGAGGCCACCACAGCCUAAUUUUUACAAAAAGAGAACACUGUUUGGACAACCUGGUGGUUCAUCUGCAAUGUAACAUUCAAUCUUGUGGAAAACACCUGGCAACUCAGAAUAAUGGAACAAGAAUUGUAGGUGGAAACGAUGCCAGAAAAGAGGCUUGGCCUUGGAUAGUUUCACUCCAUUUUAAUUUCCAACCCGUUUGUGGAGCUUCCCUUGUCAGUGAUGAGUGGCUGGUGACAGCAGCACAUUGUGUCUAUGGGAGACAACAAAAGCCGUCCCGCUGGCGAGCGGUUCUGGGCUUGUACAGUCAGUCAGAUCUGGCCCAGCCUCCAGCAGCAGUUCAAAACAUCGACAGAAUCAUCAUAAAUCCUCAUUACAUGAAGCAAACAAAAGACAGUGAUAUUGCUCUGAUGCACCUUCAACACAAAGUGCAGUAUACAGAUUACAUACAACCUAUCUGCCUACCAGAAAAAAAUCAACAGUUUUUACCAGGGAUUAACUGCUCCAUUGCUGGCUGGGGAAAUAUCAGGAAUGGAGGUCCCUCUUCAAAUAUAUUGCAAGAAGCAGAGGUCCCUCUCCUUUCUAAUGAAAAAUGCCAGCAAUGGAUGCCAAAAUAUAAUAUUACUGAGAAUAUGCUCUGUGCAGGAUAUGACAUGGGAGGAAUAGAUUCCUGCCAGGGGGAUUCAGGUGGCCCUCUGACAUUUGAAGAUGGAGACAAAUGGUUUUUAGUUGGUGUAGUAUCAUUUGGAGAAGGGUGUGCACUUCCCCAACAACCAGGAGUGUAUGUUCGAGUCACCAUGUUUGUGGACUGGAUCAAAAACAUCAUCUAUUAG